AUAUCCCAAUGUAACCAUGGAGUAUCUCCUUUUAAGAGAACGCGUCCUGCCGCUGGUCGUUUUAUACCAAUUCAACCAAAACCUGAUCUAGCAGUCUCCACAAGUACAACUGCCGGACCUGAGGCAACGAAAAAUGCGAUUACCGGUACUUCAGUUGCCAUGCCAACCAACCUCCAGUUACCAGUAUUGGACAACCCUGGACUUGAGUCGAGGGUGUUGUUGCUUCCUCUAGGUUCCAUGACAGAACAAGAUCCAACAUCAUUUCCUAAUGUGUUUUCUGCAGCUGAAUCAAGUCAAAAGGCUCAAAGCCCUCUUAAUAUGAUACCACAAAGUCAAUUACAAUCGUCAACUAUUGCUGGGACUGAAUCACUACCACCAGCUCUCAGUUCUGUUGAUAUUGUAACACAAAGUCAGUUACCAUUGUCAACUAUUGUUUCCCCAUCAACAACACCAGUUGACAGUUCUGUUAAUGUGGUACCACAAAGUCUGUUACCAUCAACUAUACAUGGGACUCAUUCAAGGCCACUAGUUUUCAAUACAAAUGCCAUGACAACACCAGGUCAUUCUCUAUCACCCAGUGGUCCUUGGACGAUAUCAACACCAACUAGAGUACCAUCCGUUACCAUGGAAACAUUGUUUCCAUCUUCAUCAACUACUGUGUUCAACCCAAAUGCCAUAACAACACAAGGUCCGUCUAUGCCAUCUAUUUCUCUUCGGACGGUACCGACAUCAACUAUGAUACCAUCAGUUGCCAUGGCAACCUUUCCAGAAGCACCAUUUCCGUCAACCGUUUUCAGUACAGAAGCCACGACAACACUGGGUCGGUCUCUAUCACGUAGCCUUCCUUGGACAGUACCAACAACAGCUAUGGCAUCAUCAGUUACCAUGCCAACUUUCCCAGCAACACCAUCUCCAUCAACCGCUUUCAGUACAGAUGGCAUGACAACACCAGGUCCGUUUCUAUCACCUUAUGUUCCUUGGACAAUACCUAUGGCACCAUCAGUUACCAUGGAAACUUUCCCAGCAACACCAUCUCCAUCAACCGCUUUCAGCGCAAAUACCAUGACCACACCGAGUCCUUCUCUAUCAUCUUAUGUUCCUUGGAGAGGACCUAUGGCACCAUCAGUUACCAUGGAAACUUUCCCAGCAACACCAUCUCCAUCAACCGCUUUCAGCGCAGAUGCCAUGACCACACCGGGUCCUUCUCUAUCAUCUUAUGUUCCUUGGAGAGGACCUAUGGCACCAUCAGUUACCAUGGAAACUUUCCCAGCAACACCAUCUCCAUCAACCGCUUUCAGCGCAGAUGCCAUGACCACACCGGGUCCUUCUCUAUCAUCUUAUGUUCCUUGGAGAGGACCUAUGGCACCAUCAGUUACCAUGGAAACUUUCCCAGCAACACCAUCUCCAUCAACCGCUUUCAGCGCAGAUGCCAUGACCACACCGGGUCCUUCUCUAUCAUCUUAUGUUCCUUGGAGAGGACCUAUGGCACCAUCAGUUACCAUGGAAACUUUCCCAGCAACACCAUCUCCAUCAACCGCUUUCAGCGCAGAUGCCAUGACCACACCGGGUCCUUCUCUAUCAUCUUAUGUUCCUUGGAGAGGACCUAUGGCACCAUCAGUUACCAUGGAAACUUUCCCAGCAACACCAUCUCCAUCAACCGCUUUCAGCGCAGAUGCCAUGACCACACCGGGUCCUUCUCUAUCAUCUUAUGUUCCUUGGAGAGGACCUAUGGCACCAUCAGUUACCAUGGAAACUUUCCCAGCAACACCAUCUCCAUCAACCGCUUUCAGCGCAGAUGCCAUGACCACACCGGGUCCUUCUCUAUCAUCUUAUGUUCCUUGGAGAGGACCUAUGGCACCAUCAGUUACCAUGGAAACUUUCCCAGCAACACCAUCUCCAUCAACCGCUUUCAGCGCAGAUGCCAUGACCACACCGGGUCCUUCUCUAUCAUCUUAUGUUCCUUGGACAGGAACUAUGGUGCCAAUGUCUGUUUCCAGAUCAAUAUCACUACCAAAUUCUAGUUGUAUGACAAUGACAUCCCAAGGUUCAAAUAUAGUUCCCGGAAAUCAUUUUGGUAUGAGUUCAGAUCUAUCGCAAGCUGAUGUCGAUAGUGGAGAAUCAA